AUGCUCCCGACCGUCAGUCUCGAGAAAACCAAGUACGCACCUGUGUCUCUUAGGGACGACGGUGAUGAUCCAUUACCAGCAGAUGUGAAGCCGCGGCCCCGCGGGCUGUGGCGUGUGAUCUCUCAGCCUGUGUUUCCAUGGACUCUCGCAGCUUUCUUCGCUUCGCUCUCACUGUUCCUUGGCAUGCUCGUCGACCGAGAUCAUGACCUCUGGCAGAGCAACCAGGAGCUUGGGACGUUUGCUACUGGGUAUGCCACGGAUUUUGGCCCGGCAAAGGAAUUUAUACAAGUCUCGCAGCAACGCUUCACCGGUGGUGCCGCCUUUGACGAGAAUGGCAACAUGUUCAUUGCCAAUCCCGGUUCUCCGCUGUUCAUCGGUGACCCAGCGCUACACCCCGAAAUCGAUUACAACUGGGAUAAUCUCACUUGGGGCCGCUAUGUCCUGAUUACCAAGGAAGAAGCCAUUGAAGCUUGGGGAGAGGAAUAUGUCUCGGACGAGUAUUGGGACAAGGACAGAGGGGGAUACAUUGCAGGAUUCGACAUGUUUCACACGCUGCAUUGCCUGAAUCACAUUCGCAAAUCGUUGAACCCGUCAUACUACGGCACAGCGGAUGUGAUGACUCAGGGAAAAUACGGGGGUCAUCCCCAGGUACACCAAGAUCACUGCAUUGAGCAUAUCCGGCAGUUCAUCAUGUGUUCUGGGGAUAUGACCCCCGUACCGGCCAAGUACUACCCCGGACUCGGCCGCAACUACGUCGAGUCGGAGAUGAAGCAUACUUGUCGAAACUUUGAAGCACUUCGUGGGUUUAUGCUGGAUAGGUUUAACGGCCAGGGUGCUGUGCGGCCUGUGUGGAAUUGA